UGUGUGUGCACAAUUUAAGGUUGGGAAAGUGGGAGUGGUGUCAAUGAGCAGGCAAGCUAACAGAGUCUUUUGCUCGGCAAGCUUUCACCACGGGUAGCUAGUUCUUCGUGCUGUACCUAUUUCAUUGAUUCCUUUACCAGGAUUAUAGCCUUGCAAAGAUGACAAUGGAUGCUCUGCAACUAGCAAACACUGCCUUUGCAGUUGAUAUGUUCAAAAAGCUAUGUGACAAUGACAAAAGAGCUAAUAUUAUUUUUGCUCCACUGUGUACCUCAACAUCUCUAGCUCUGGCAUAUAAAGCUACAAAAGGUGAUACUGCAGACCAGAUGAAACAGGUGCUCCAUUUACAAGAUGUCAAAGAUGUCUCUUUUGGGUUUCAAACAGUAACUUCAGAUGUUUCCAAACUCAGCUCUUUCUUUGCAUUAAAAAUGGUGAAACGGCUCUUUGUAGACAAAUCUCUUAAUCCUACCACAGAUUUUGUAAAUUCCACAAAGAGGCCUUUUCCAUCUGAACUGGAACUGGUGGAUUUCAAAGAGAAAACUGAGGAAACCCGACAGAAGAUCAACAAAUCUCUUUCAGACUUAACUGAUGGCAAAAUGGAAAAUGUUUUGAAUGAGGAUAGUGUAAGUGACCAGACUCAAAUUCUCCUAGUUAAUGCAGCUUAUUUUGUCACAAACUGGAUGAAGAAGUUUCCAGAGGCAGAGAUCAAAGAAUGUCCUUUUAAAGUCAACAAGACUGAAACUAAACCAGUGCAGAUGAUGAAUCUGGAAGCUACUUUUUGCCUGGGCUACGUAAAAGAAUUAAAUGUUGCCAUCCUUGAGCUUCCAUGCCUUAACAAACAUAUAAGCAUGCUCAUUCUGCUGCCCAAAGAGAUUGAAGAUGAGACCACUGGCUUGGAGCAGCUGGAAAAGGCACUCACCCCUGAGACAUUAUUACAGUGGACCAAUCCCAGCAUGAUGGCCAACACCAAAGUGAAUGUAUUUCUUCCAAAGUUUAGUGUGGAAGGUGACUAUGACCUGAAGCCACUUCUGGAAGGCCUGGGAAUGAAAAAUGUCUUCAAUGAGAGUGCAUCAGAUUUUUCUGAGAUGUGUGAGACAAAAGGUGUGGUUUUGUCAAAGAUCGUCCAUAAAGUCUCUCUGGAAGUAAAUGAACAAGGUGGUGAGUCCCGAGAGGUACCAGGAUAUCGGAUUCUGCAACACAAAGAUGAAUUUAAAGCUGACCAUCCAUUCAUCUUUUUCUUUAGGCACAACAAAACUCGCAAUGUGAUUCUUUCAGGCCGAUUCUGUUCCCCUUAAACAGGGCAUAUUCAUUAUGAAAAAGCACAAUUACAUUUAUGGUGGUGCAUGUUCCUGUAAAGCUUGGCAUCCUGACUAUCACCUUUGAAAGGAAAUCUAAACGGUUCCUAUAUCAGCUGGUAAUACAAUGUACUCCACAUAUGCAGCAGAACUAGUAUAUCUCCCUAUGUUUCGUUCUCUUAACCUGAAGGAUUUCCACUGUGAAGAACACAUCGUAUUUUACUGAGAAGUAUCCCGACCUCUUCAACAUAUAUAUUUUGUUCCUCUGUGAUAUCUUUCUUCCCUGUUUUAGAUAGACCAGGAGCUGGAAAGGGUUUUGGGAGGAAAAGCUACAUUCUUCCUUCCUAGAAAAACUAUCCUCCCUUGUCACCCACUCUCUGGAUUCCUACUGCAUAGAAAAUGUGGACAUGUGGUGUGAUAGCCCUUCCCUUGUACCUGCCUACCAGACCCUUCCAAUGCCUGAUGAAACAGUGUCCAAGUUCUGCAGCAUAGCUAGACAAUUCAGGAUAGCAUCAGAGUUUGCAUCUAUGAAACGGUAGUUGCACUGAGACCUUUGGAUGCAAGAGGCAAUAAUCAUGGUGACAAAACUUACACCCAGAAGACCCUUCAGUGUCAGCUACAUCAGUUUGUAGAUUGGGGAAGCUGGACUGUUUUGCGUGGGAUUUUUUGACUCAUUGUCUUUCAGACAUGGAAGAGGGGACCAGUUCACUGCAGCUCAUGGGAGCCCUGCUGUAUAUAUCCCGAGAAAAAGAACAUUAUGCAAUUCUGGGAGAGAAAACAGUUGGAUUAAUACUGGAAGUGCCACACUUUUCACAUAUUAUCUGCAAUUUCUAGUUCUGGAUUCAUCAUUAAGGAGACUUCAUACAAUUACCUAAUAUCUGAGGCAUGAGAAAGAAAAGACUUCAACUUGAGUCAGAUUAACACUGUAAUUACCAGUCUCCAAAUUUCAUAUGAAACCAUGGUAAUCAGAUUUCAUUUCUACCUAAAGACUGCCUGCUGCAUAUGUUCAGUACUGGUUUACCUAAUUACUGUUCAGAAUAAAGUGCUAUAAAACCUGUGUCAAAUGUC